AGAUGCUGCCGUCACGUCAAAUUAGUGUGCUUUGCUAUAUGGCCAAUGUAUUCGAAUACACGUACAGCAAAGUGCGUAGAUGGUACGCAAAGAAUGGGUCUGCAACAGCCCUGCGAAGAGUCCGCGGAAUCGUCAAUGGUUGCACAUCCGAGCAUGGCGCCUGUGAGUACGCUGUACGGUGUCGUUUGAAUAAGUCCUUGAGCGCACCGGCAACGUAGUGACAGGUACACGCGAGGUUGAGAUGGGAGAAAGGGUCGGUGAAGUCCCCGAUUCGCGCUAUCUGUCGUCGUAAAGGUCAGCGAGUGUUGUUGGAAGGAAGGUGUUGCUCCUGACUUACAAGCUCCACCGGUAGGGAGCGCAGCGAGAUCAUAACGAAGUGUUGUACAUUUUGUCCUG